AGAACAAGUAAAGUUUACAAGUUAUUGAGAAGAACGAAAAAACAAAAAAAAAAAUAAAAAAUAUACCUGCUUGUCGUGACGAAGAAAGAACUAAUUUAAGAUGGCUAUGGUAGCUACGGAUAUUAAGGGGAUGCUCUCCAUCUCCAUAAAGUCCAGACACGACAGUUAUACUGAUCAAUACAAUCGAAUGUUUAUGGUGAAAAUCUUGUUGGCAUGUUCCUUGGUCAUGGGUAUUAGUUGGUUCCAAGAUUCCAUCCACUGCAUUGUUCCCGAUUCCCAUAAAGUGAGUGGAGAUUUUAUAUCAUCGGCGUGCUGGAUACAAGGGGUGUACGUUUACAGAGAGUUGAUUAAUGAGAUGGGAAAAGUCGGAUACUUUGGUAUACCCAAGGAUAUAAAUAAUGAUGGAAUUUAUAUUGGUAGAGACGCUCACCCUGGGUUGCAUCUAUGCUCAACUAAAAAAGUAAUUGAUAAAAUCACUGUUGUUAACCCUUAUUGUAGACCAAUGACAAAGACUUUCUAUUUGCAGUACCAAUGGAUGCCGUUCUUUGUAGCCUCUUUGUCAAUCUUGUUUUACCUGCCCUACAUCGCAUUCAGAACGGCUAACAGCGAUCUAAUAAGUUUGAAAAACAACCUAAAAAGCGAGGAAAAAUCCGAAGCCGGCAAAAUAGCAAAGCAUUACUUCAAUCAUCGUACAAAUCCACCCCGCACAAUGAUUUUGCGAGUCAUCUUUAACAUUUUAAUCAAAAUUUUAUACUUGGUUGCCAACUUGGUUGCUUUGCUUGGUCUGGACAGCUUACUGAACGGACAGUAUGUCGGCUUUGGUAGCAAAUGGGUAGCGUGGAAUCGAUUAAAUAACACAAUGGCUUAUGAUUACAUGGGUAUGAGAGACCAUCCUAAACCAGGGAACUCUCUUCUACCGCCUUUUGGUUACUGCGAGGUACACGAAGUAGCAAAAGAGUUAGUGCAAUCCAAAGCAAAUUUACACAAAGUUAUCUGCGAGCUCUCACAGAAUAUUCUGUACCAAUACUGCUUGAUCGUGUUGUGGUUUGCUCUCAUUUUCGGAAUUGUCAUCUCUGUGAUCGGAAUCGUUCUUUUAAUUGUUCAUUAUGUAAUCGGAAUUUUUGGAAUAAGAAAGCGAGGUCAAACCGGCAAGAAAUUGUACAAAGCCUUAACAUUCCGUGAGCUGGAAUACCUGGAGUUCAUUCGCAAGAGAGAUGUGAUGUUGUACGGAGAAGUGAUGGAGAAACUAAGAGAAGACAUCCUGGGUCCAAAUGCACCACUUGACGACGAAUUCCCACCCCGCAACAGCGGUGGAGAAAGUGCACCGCUCUAUCCACAUUUGUCGGAAAAAGAUAAAUAUGACCAUAAAGGGCCUGGGUACAAUCUUUAAAAAAAGGUUCUACUGUGAUGGAUACCUGCUAACCUAAUUGGCUGGAUAAGCUUUUUGUAAUUAGUUUGUAGUCCCCAUUCCUCCCUUUCUUCAAAAAUUCACAGACCAAAAGCAUAGUGUUUUAUCAUUGGAUCUACCUAGUUCUGUAUUUUAUACCAAACAUUUGCUACAAUAUUUGUAAGAGCAGGUAUUUUUUGUAUAUAUGCAUUUGGGGUGUGUUUACACCGGAUCAAACUUUUAUGACAGUGAAAACACAACUUUAGGUCAAACUUUAUAUCGAGUUUAUAGUAUUCAUUUAAAAUAUAUUUUAUGUGACUUUCGAAAUUGCAGCUUGUGUCGUGUUUUUACAACUUUUUUUUAAUCAUAACAAUUUUUGUUUCUUUACUCUCCUACCUGGAGGCUUUAGAAGCGUUCCUAAGCUUGUGGCAAGCAAUUUUUAGUUUCAAUGAUUUUUAGGUAAAGAUUAUUUGUUUUAGAAGUUAUAUCAGGCUGCUUUAACUAUGUUCCAUUUUCUGUAAUUUUCUAUGUUAUAAAAAUAUUAUGUUUCAUAAACUGAUAGAGUCCUGUA